AUGCUGGGUUUUGCUUUCUAUUGAUUUAUUUGUGAUAUUUCAAUUUUUCUUGGUUUCAUAAUACGUGUAACAAUCAGCUGAAGACAUAAUAAAAAACGUGCUAUAUUGUGAUUAGAAAUGUACAUUUUAGAUUUUCAUAAUCCCCAGAGUGCUCCAUUGUGAGUAGGAAUAUUCGAACUAUGUCUCGGAAUACUCUAUAGGAAUUUCAAAUACUAACGAUAUGUAUAUAAUCGACGGAACUCCUCGAGCAACAUCAGUGUUUUUCUGACAGGCGAUACAUUAUUCUAAGAGAACAAUCCUUCAAACAUCUUAUUCAGAAUGCUUAAAGAACUUGUUGUUUUGGCGAGUCUAGUCUUUUUGAGUUAUGCCUGUUUGAUUACAAAUUGUCCUCGCGGUGGAAAAAGGAGUGACAUUGCAUCUUCUUUAGGAACUGUAACCCGAGAAUGUCUCUCAUGUGGUCCUAAUCGUCUGGGUCAAUGCUUCGGGCCUUAUAUCUGCUGUGGCCCCAGCAUUGGCUGUUUCUUAGGUACACCUGAAACAUACAGAUGUAGAAAGGAAAGCCUAUAUUCCAGACCCUGCAUUGCUGGAUACGCAAUGUGUCGUGGAAAUACCGCAAGAUGUGCUACAAACGGAAUUUGCUGCUCGCAAGAAUCCUGCCAUGUCGAUUCAUCCUGCAAAAUUUUUGACAGUAACAAUCGCAAAAUCGAUGCUGAUCUCUCAGGCAGCGAAGUUUCCAAUGAAAUACUUCAAUAGACUUCAUUCCAUAAUUGUCACAAAACAUUUCGAAUCGAUAAAAAGAUGUAACUAUAUACUUGUAUUAAUGACGAAAUA